AUGGAGACGCCGCUGCUCAGGCAAAUCCCCGCCGGGGAUGAUUCCCGCCUGAUCGGCGACGACGGCGACUACCUUCCGGCGAGGGGCGCCGGGUCUUGGUGGAGAGUUUUCCGAACUGAGUCCGGCAAGCUGUGGCGGAUCGGCGGGCCCAUCGCGUUUCAGAUACUGUGCCAGUUCGGAACAAACUCCGUCGCCAUCAUGUUCGUCGGCCGCCUGAGCGACGCCGACCUCUCUGCGUUCUCAAUCGCUCUCUCCGUCAUCCAGACCUUCUCUUUCGGAUUCAUGCUUGGCAUGGGAAGCGCGCUCGAGACCCUAUGCGGGCAGGCUUAUGGUGCAGGGCAGGUCCACAUGCUCGGCGUCUACAUGCAGCGCUCGAUUAUAAUCCUCUUCGCCACAUGUCUUCUCCUUCUCCCUCUCUACUUUUUCGCCACCCCUGUCCUAAAGCUGUUGGGACAGCCCGACGACAUAGCCGGGCCCGCGGGCCGCUACUCCCUCCUCAUCAUUCCCCAUCUCUUCUCUCUCUCGGUUGGGUUCCCGACCCAAAAGUUCCUCCAAUCCCAAAGCAAGGUUACCGUGCUUGCCUGGAUUGCGGCCCUGUCCCUCGUCUUAAUGGGCAUCCUUUGUUGGGCCUUCGUGAGCGUGCUCGGGUGGGGCGGGAACGGGGCAGCCCUCGCAUUCGACAUCACGAAUUGGGCUACGGUGUCGGCCCAGUUCUUGUAUAUUGUGGGCUGGUGCAGGGAAGGGUGGAGGGGGUUCACGUGGGCCGCAUUUCGGGAUAUCUGGGCAUUCGUCAUCUUGUCUUUGGAGUUGGCGAUUAUGCUUUGUCUCGAGAUUUGGUACAUGAUGAGCAUUGUCAUUCUCACGGGGCAUCUCGACGAUUCUGUGACCGCGGUCGGCUCGCUUUCGAUAUGCACGAACAUUGAUGGGUGGGAAACUAUGGUGUUUGUUGGAGUCAAUGCUGCUAUAAGCAAAAAUCUGCAACGAGCUGUGGCUAAUCUUUCGAGCCUUCUCGGAAUCACGAUGCUUCUCAACAGCAUCCAGACAGUGAUAUCGGGUGUUGCUAUAGGAGGCGGCUGGCAGGGGCUUGUCGCCUAUAUUAACUUGGGUUGCUAUUACGCUUUCGGUCUGCCGCUCGGAUAUUUUCUCGGUUAUGUGGCUAGAUUUGGAGUGAAGGGAAUUUGGGGAGGGAUGAUUGCUGGAGUGGCUUUGCAGACUGUUGUUAUCUCUUGUAAUUUGUAA